AAAAUAUCAUUACAAUUUUUUUUAUUACAUCAAAAUUUUGUGUGAAUGUAAACUUUUUCGCUCCCCCAGGUCUUCCGCCGGAUCUAAGCCAGCCCAAACGGAGCCGGUCGUCCUCACAUUUGUUCUUCAUACAAGUUCUCCUCCACAACGGCGUUUUUGUUUUUAGUCCCAAGCUGGGCUGAGUUCUAUUAGGACGAGUUUUCAAGGCAUUUGGGCACCACAUCGAUUCAACGUGAUGAAGACAAUAUCAGGGAGAGUGGUUUCAACGGCGCCGGUUUCACUCGCCGAUGCCGCCGCAAUCAUGGCGGACUUUGCCGCCUCGGACACGGGAGCUUCCGAUGCAAUCUCAGUGUACAUCUCACGCGCCGCCGAUGCGUUCAAUCACCUGGUUCAGUUUCACAUCCGCCUGAAAAGCCCAAUAAAUCCGAAGACUGUUAAGAAGGAAGAAGAAGAGCCAGUGCAUGUCCAGAAUAUUCCACAAGGGAAUCACAAGAGUAAGAAACACAAGAAGAAGCGAGAUUCAGAUUCCAGAAACGGAAAUUUGGUUAAAACUGAAAUAAACCCUGUUAAGAUUGAGGAGAAGAGGAAUCACAGUGCAGAGAAGGUUAAAAUCAAAGAGAAGGUGAAGAAUGAGGAGCGUGUGGAUGGUGGAGAUUCAGGUAAAUACCAGGAAAAGAUCACUGAGAAGAAGGUGAAGGCUGAAAGGUCCCCAGCCAAUAGUGUGAAGAAGGAAAAGAAACAGAAGAGUUCUUCUGAAGCCAAUGGAGGAACUCGAAGGGAGGCUCUGGCGGCUGAGACGAAGAAGAAGCAUAAGAAUUCAGGUAAAGGCGAUCGAGGCUCAGAAGGGGACACUUUUGCUGUCGAGGCGAAGAAGAGGAAAGGUGAAGAAAUUGAAGAGGAUUUGCAUAGCAGUAAGAGGAGGAAAAGUAAAAAUGCAUAGAGUGGAAUGAGAAUAGUUUGGAAUGGUCUUUUUCCUUGUUGGUGCAUUUGCUGUAGUGUUGAAUGUUGCACGGAUUGAUUUAGAAAAAAUGGGUGUUUCUCGUUCCCAACCCUGUCCCCGUUUGAGCACGCUUCCGCCUCCGUCCAACAUAGGUUUCGUGAAGAUUUUGGUAAUCUAUCAACAAAAAAGGUUAGACUUUUAGAAUUUGCAAAUUUCGUUUGAAAAUUUCGUUUCUUGUAAGUUUCUGAGCGAAUGGUUAUUAUUAUAUUGCUCACAUUAUUCUCAUAGUGAUCUGAUUGAAUUUCUUUCACUUCUUGAGUGUUGGAAUUUGAGUGGUUUCUUUUGAAUGAUUGUUGCCCCAUCUUAAGAACAAUUUGCGGAAAACAUCGAAAAUGUUCUAGCUAGUGCCUCUCACUUCUCAAGUAGAUGAUGAUAUCUAACAUGGCAAAGUUGAAAGCCUUACUAAGAUGGAGCAUAUUUGAAGUUGCAAUGAACCAUCAUUCUGCCCUCUUAUUUAUGGAUAGAACAUGUGUCCAUUAUCCCUUCCCAAAAGCUAUUAUUUCCAAACUCCUAGAAUUCUAAAGGCUUGUUUGGAGUGUCAUCUGUUGCAUCUUGGUACUUUGGUCUCUAAGGCUUUGUUUGGAUGGAGGCUGGCAACCAAUUGGUGAACUUCUAGGAUUCUAAAGGACUAUUUGAUGAAUACUUCAUGUCUUCUUUGUGCAAUUGUGAUUGUGGUUUUCACUCAAUACCUGCUAAAAGAGCAACGAUUGUUCUACUUUUGUGUUGAAUGUUUUGGAUUCCCACAUUGUACGGUUGUCAUUUGUGCUUUGCUUUAAAUAAAAGAACUAUUGAAUGUGUGUUUAUUAAUUAUGUGGCAAUAAAGAGAGGGGGGUAUU